AUGGGAGUGGAAGAGAGACCAACAGUGACGGUGAAAGUCGCAAACAUCCCCCAAUCAGUCAUAGCCAAAGACCUCUUCGACUUCUUCGAGUCCACCAUCGGGAAAGGCUCAGUCUUCGCCUGUGAUAUUUUCACAGAGCGCAAGAACUGGAAGUCCAGAGGCUUUGGCCGAGUCCAGUUCGAGACCCUUCAAGCCAAAUCAAUUUCUUUAGCCCUCUCUGAUCAAGGCAAGCUUGUCUUUAAAGGGUCCCACCUCUAUCUCUCCAAUGCCUUUGAUGAUGUGAUCUUUAGGCCAAUAGAACCUAAACACCGGGUCGAAAAUGGGGUGUUGCAUACUGGGUUUAUGGUGAAAAGUGAUCGCAUGUGUGUUUUGGAGUCUUGGGAGGGUGUUAAAACAUGGGUUAUGCCUGAAAGAAAUAGUAUUGAGUUCUGGGUGAAUCAUGAUGCGGAGUGUUAUAGGUUAGAGGUACAGUUUGCUGAUAUUUUUGAGGUUUGUGGGUGUUGUUUGGAUGGUGAGAAACCCACUGCAGUUCUUUUGAAGAAUUCAACUCGAGUGAUUGGGCCUGCUAAUGCCCGAACCCCAUUAGACUAUUUUGCAGGCCUGCUCAAACAUGCGCCAAAGAUGUACCAAAAAAUUUCUGGAUCAAACGUCGCUUCAAAGUUUAGCGCUGACCGAUACCAUAUUUGUAAGGAAGAUUUUGAGUUCCUUUGGGUUCGCACCACAGAUUUUUCCAGUGUGAAGUCCAUUGGGCAAUCAUCUUCACUGUGUUGGGAGAUUGAAGAAGGAUUGUCAGCUUUAGACAUCUUGAACAGUUUGCCCUAUGUCAAGAAAGAAUUAGUUGAACUUUUUAUGGAAGAUGGGGAAGAAUUUUAUUCUGCAUCUGAGGUUGUUCCACUUGUAAGAUACCAUUCCGAUUCUAAGGUGGCAUAUGAGAUCCUUUUCCAGCUGAACUCCCUUGUUCACACUCAAAAGAUUAGUAUUGCUGCAGUUAAUGAUGAUCUGAUUGAGAUCCUUAGCAGGGUAGACAUAGACACUGCAAUGACGGUGCUUCAGAAAAUGCAUAAGCUGAAGUUGACUUGUUAUGAUCCUGUAUCAUUUAUCAAAACCCGAUUGCAUAUUCUCGGUAAAAAAGGUAAGAAUCUUCCUUCUUCAUCUCACAGCAAAAUAACAAGUAAUAACAUAAUGAGUUGCCACCGAGUUCUCGUUACACCGUCCAAGAUUUAUUGCUUGGGUCCUGAGCUUGAAUCCUCCAAUUACAUUGUGAAGAACUUUGCUUCAUAUGCGUCAGAUUUUUUGAGAGUAACUUUUGUUGAAGAAGAUUGGGGUAAGCUUCCUUCUCAGGCUAUUUCCACAGGUGUUCAGCAAGGUAUCUUUUCGAAGCCUUAUAGAACUAAUAUAUACAGUAGGAUUUUGUCUAUUCUUAGGGAGGGGAUUGUGAUAGGGACCAAAAGGUUUCAAUUUCUGGCAUUCUCGGCCAGUCAACUCCGUUCAAAUGCUGUUUGGAUGUUUGCUUCUAAUGAGCAUGUGAGAGCGGAGGAUAUCAGAGAGUGGAUGGGCUGCUUCAACAAGAUCCGCAGUGUGUCAAAAUGUGCUGCAAGGAUGGGUCAAUUAUUUAGCUCUUCUGUGCAGACUCUGGAAGUCCCCGCGCAACAGGUUGAGGUUAUUCCUGAUGUUGAAGUGAUAUCUGAUGGUGUUGGAUACUGCUUCUCUGAUGGCAUUGGAAAGAUUUCCCUCACUUUUGCUAGGCAAAUUGCUCAAAAGUGUGGACUGAAUCAUACUCCAUCAGCAUUUCAAAUUCGAUAUGGGGGCUAUAAAGGUAUCAUAGCUAUUGAUCGUAAUUCCUUCAGAAAGCUAUCUUUACGUGGCAGUAUGCUUAAAUUUGAAUCAGACAACAGGAUGCUGAAUGUCACUAAGUGGAGCGAUUCCAUGCCUUGCUAUUUGAACCGGGAGAUUGUUACCCUUUUAUCUACCUUGGGAGUGGAGGACAAAGUUUUUGAGGCAAUGCAAGAUGAGCAACUCCAACUUCUGCACAAAAUGUUGAAAUGCAGAGGGGCAGCAUUAGAUGUUUUGGAGAGUAUGGGAGGGGGUGAAAUUAAAAGCAUUAUGGCGAAGAUGUUGCUUCAAGGUUACGAGCCGAAUGCAGAACCCUACCUCUCAAUAAUGCUUCAAUCUCAUCAUGAGAACCUACUGUCUGAUCUAAGAAGCAGAUGCCGAAUAUACGUCCCCAAGGGCCGCAUCCUCAUUGGAUGCUUGGAUGAAACAGGCACUUUGAAUUAUGGUCAGGUUUACCUCCGGACAACCAUGACUAAGGUGGAGCGACAAUGUGGUGAGCAGAUUUUCUUCCAGAAGGUGGAUGAGACGACUGCUAUAGUGGUAGGGAAGGUAGUAGUCACAAGAAACCCUUGUCUUCACCCAGGAGAUAUCAGAGUCCUCGAGGCUGUGUAUGAGGUGGCAUUAGAGGAAAAAGGUGUGGUGGAUUGCAUUAUUUUCCCUCAGAAAGGAGAAAGGCCUCACCCAAAUGAAUGCUCCGGUGGUGAUUUAGAUGGUGACUUGUAUUUUAUGAGCUGGGAUGAAAAUCUCAUCCCUAGUCGAACAGUGACCCCGAUGGACUACACUGGGCGAAGACAGCGUAUAAUGGAUCAUGAUGUGACUUUAGAGGAAAUUCAUAAAUUUUUCGUCGAUUACAUGAUCAAUGAUGCUCUGGGGAUCAUCUCUACUGCACAUUUGGUACACUCGGAUCGUGAACCUGAUAAGGCUUUGAGUUCAAAAUGCCUUCAGUUGGCAACCCUUCACUCUAUGGCUGUCGACUUUGCAAAGACAGGAGCACCCGCCGAGAUGCCAAGGGUUUUGAAACCAAGGGAGUUUCCUGAUUUCAUGGAGAGGUGGGACAAACCUACAUACACCUCCCAAGGUGUUUUGGGCAAACUUUACCGUGCCACCAUCAAAUCAACAACAGCGCAUGAAAAGCCAGAUUGUGUUUGGUCACAGAAGAUCAUCCAAGACGCAUAUGAUCACGAUUUUGAAGUGGAUGGUUUUAAAGCCUUCCUGGAAACUGCUGCAAGUCACAAAGAGAUGUACUUGGAUAAAAUGGAGAGCUUGAUGAAUUAUUACGGAGCAGAGAGUGCAGAUGAGAUACUGACAGGUAACUUACGGAGAAGAUUUUCAUAUUUGCUGCGGGAUAACAGGAGAUAUGGAGAAACGAAGGAUCGUAUCUUGGUGUCCAUUAAGAGCCUACACAAGGAGGCUAAAGGGUGGUUCGAGAACAGUUGUAAGGCGCCUGAGCGACAAAAGAUGUCGUCGGCGUGGUAUUAUGUGACUUAUCACCCAACUUAUAGUCAUGACAGCAUGCAUUGCUUGGGGUUUCCUUGGAUUGUGGGUGACAUUUUGCUUGAUAUCAAGUCUGUAAACAGCAGAAAAGUUCCAACAUAGAUGCUCUAUUGCUCUUAGCCGACUCCAAAUAGUUGGGACAAUGUUCGUUUUUCUGUGUGCAAGCUAGACACAUAUCAGACAUCACGAGGCUGUUAAUGUGUAAAUAUUUUCAAGAUGUACGAAGCACCUUAUAUCUCAGCUAAUGUUAGUCGUGAUCUAACGUAUCCUUUGUAUAUUGCAUCGUGACAAAUUAAUUUGGG